GCUCCUCUUGCUUCGGUCCCUAACUCUUAACCCAAAGAGGAAGAAAAGAAAGAAUUAUUGAGAAGUGUACAUGGAAUCAGAGAAAUCAUCAAAGCAACCGCCCUUGAUUCCACCACUACCAAGGGACCACCGUGGGUCACUUGAAGUAUUCAAUCCCUCCACCUUCGCAACCCGACCCACCAACCCUGUUUUCCAAUUGAAGCAGCCGACCUGGCAAACGUGGACAGAGCCUCGUGGUGGCUCCGAACCCAACUCUCCAUGCAUCUCCUCCACCUCCGAGUCGAAUCCGGCAGAAGAAAUCAAAUCAUGGAUGGCUCUGAAGGAUCCAACACCACCCCUCGUUCAGAGAAUCAUCAAAGAUCAGGAUCAGAACCUCGAAAUGCCACGAUCUUCCCCCGGAGAAGUUGGUGCUGCGGCGCAGAGGGCUGCAGAGUGGGGUUUGGUGCUGAAAACGGACAACGAAACCGGGAAACCGAAGGGUGUUACGGUUAGAAAUUCAGGUGGGGAUGACCCCAAUAACAAACCGGGCAGUUCACGGAGAGACUCGAACAAUUCAAUAAGGAGCUCAGGGGAUUUAUCAAACGACGGCGACGGAGACAACAAGGAGAAAAGUAAUAUUCUCAGGGUAUCGGAGGGGUUGAAAGACGCAUUGUCAGCAUUUCAGCAGACCUUUGUGGUGUCGGAUGCGACCAAACCCGAUCACCCGAUUAUGUAUGCAAGCGCCGGAUUUUUCAAGAUGACUGGUUACAGCUCCAAGGAGGUCAUCGGCCGGAACUGCCGAUUUUUGCAAGGGGUGGGGACAGACCCGAAUGACGUGGCAAAGAUUAGAGAGGCAUUGCAGGUUGGCACGAGUUACUGUGGGAGGUUGCUGAAUUAUAAGAAAGAUGGGACCCCUUUUUGGAAUCUUCUGACAAUUUCGCCCAUAAAGGAUGAAACCGGCAGAGUCCUCAAAUUUAUUGGGUGAUUUAUAAUUGAAAAAUAUAAAAUAGAACUAAAU